UUUAAAAACAAGAUAAUUAGGGAAUAAUAUUAAGAAGUUUGAAAAAAUAAUAUUUAUUAUUUUUCAUCGUAGAAACUAGAAAGUCUUAAGCUCUUGGAUUCAGUAAGCGACUAGAACAGCAACAGCAACACUAUCACAAUGUCAUAAGAGUUAAAUCUUUGCAGAAGUUCAGCUCGAUUUAAUUUCCUCUUUCUUUCUCUUUUGCUUGUUGACUUCUCUUCAGAGAUUUCACUGCCAGUAGCAUGACCAACUCCAAGAAUAAGGGCAAAAGGCCCAUGUUUGAUACUGUUGGUGUGCACAGUAGGCGGAGAUUGAUCAAUGGUGGCACAACAAAUCUAAGUGGACUUGCUGGGACGAACCAAUUGAGUAAAGCUCAGCCGCAUAAGGAGAUGGCUAGUAAAGAAAAUGUGAAACUUGUAGUUCCUUCACAGCAACCUCAGAAUGAAACAGUAAAGACUGAUGAACAGCUAAAUAAAUAUGGCCAGGACAUUUUGGCAAUGAAGGAGGAUAUUAAAUCCAUUAAGGAGGCAGUAUUGUCCAUGUGUGAAAAGUUUGCUACCUUUGAAGAAUCAUUCAUUCAACUGCAAAAGCAAAUAUUGCUUCCAGGUUUUAAAGGAUCAUGUGGCAGUAUUUCCAUGACUGAAAGUGGGCAGCCUUCAAACUCUAAAAAUGAUCUUUUUGUUUGUGGGAUUUGCACUGAAACCAAGGCUUCAAAUGAAUCAUUCAGCAUUCAGGGUUGCUCUCAUAUAUACUGUACAGACUGUGUGGUCAAGUAUGUGGCUGCAAAAUUGGAAGAAAACAUUACAUCUAUCUGUUGCCUAGAAACAGAAUGUCAAGGUUUUUUAGAGCCUGAGUAUUGCCGUGAUAUACUUCCUCACGACUUAUUUGCUAGGUGGGGCACUGCUUUAUGUGAGUCUGUGAUUCUUGGAGAUCAAAAAUUUUAUUGUCCUUAUAAAGAUUGCUCAAUUCUUUUGAUUGAUGAUGGAGAGGAGUUUAUCGUGGAAUCAGAGUGCCCUAGUUGUAGGAGAAUGUUUUGUGCACAGUGUAAGGUCCCUUGGCAUGCAGGGAUUGAGUGCGACGUGUUUAAGGAGUUGAAUGAGGAUGAGAGAGAGAAAGAAGACAUUAUGUUGAUGAAGGUAGCACAAAAUGAGAAAUGGAAGAGGUGUCCAAAUUGUAGGUACUAUGUUGAGAAGAAAGACGGUUGCUUGUAUAUCAAGUGCAGGUGUGGAGCUGCGUUCUGUUAUAACUGUGGGGCUCCCUCAGAUGAAUUCUCUAAUCUACACCAUUAUUGUUCCAAGUGUAAUAAUUAAUAUAGUAUAAAAUAAUGUAUAUUAUAUUAAUUUAAGCUAUCAAUUUGAGUUGAAUGGAACUCGAAUUGAAUACUCUUAACUCGAGUUUGGUUUAAUUUAAAAAAUGAUUCGAAUUUUUUUA